AUAAAAAGCCCUGAUUUUGUGCUGUCAGAUCCAUUAGCAGGUGGUUCUGGUCUGAGGAGCAUACAGGGACAAGGUGUUAGCCACCCACACUGAGAGAGAGAAACUUCAGAGAGGAUACUGCAGGCCCGGUACUAAAACAGAGAGAAUAGUACCAACUAACUUAUUAACCUUGAGUGUGUCAUUAUAUUUUGUAGCUUAUAUUCAACUGUCACUAGAUUUGUAAGUCACAGGUGAGAUGACCCUGCAACAGAAGAAGUCACAAUGGCCUGGCCUGGUGCUGUGCUGGUUCCUGCUCUGCGUCUCCCUGCAGCCACACUCCCUGCACCGGGCGUCAGCCGUCAACCUGCGGCACUUCAUUGGAUGUGCCGUCCGGGAAUUCACCUUCCAGGCCAAAAAGCCCGGCUGCGGGGGGCUGCACAUCACCACCGACGCCUGCUGGGGGCGCUGUGAGACCUGGGAGAAGCCCGUCCUGGACCCUCCCUUCAUCGAGUCCCACCAGCGUGUCUGUACCUACAACGAGACUCGCCUGGUGUCUGUGAAGCUGCCAAACUGCCAGCCCACCGUGGACCCCACCUACACCUACCCCGUGGCCCUGAGGUGUGACUGUGGUGUGUGUCUGACCAGCACCACUGAGUGUAUAACGUCUGUCUGACACUGAUCUCAACAGGCAGACAGAAAAUACACUUUUUAAAAUAUCAAAUCAAAAUGUUGAAGAUAUCUUUUCAUUUGGGGAUAAUUCAAAUAUAUAUAUGCAAGGAGGAAGAGGGUGAAAUGCUAUCGAAGUUGGUAGUUAGCACUUUAAAAUACAUAGUUUUCAUGGCAGUUAGUACAAUCAAAUUGUUAUUUGGCAUUGCUUUUUAGAUUCAGAUUGCUCUAAAUAAAAGAUUUUAUGACACAAAAUAAGAUAACCGUCAAUGUCAUUUGAGGUCCAUAUAUUGUCAAAAAAGUUCUGGAAAAAUUAUUAUUGAUCUGCUAUGAACACUUAAACUUACAGUUCAUUGGGUCAUUGUUACCCUUAAUAACUUGCUUUCAUUUGUUUCUGCUGUAAUUUUAGCCUUUAUAAAUGUGUGCCAUUUCUCCAUAAAAAAUAA